UGCGACUGUUCAAAGCAGCUCUCAUGUUGCUUGUGUGCAUGCACGCUCCGGGGAAGGGCCUGUCCCAGUCAGCCUUGCCCUCUAGAUGCAGUGUGCCCACAUGGUUAAAACUUACUUCUGAUGAUGUAAAGGAACAGAUCUACAAACUGGCUAAGAAAGGUCUGACUUCCUCACAGAUGGGUGUAAUCCUAAGGGACUCUCAUGGUGUUGCCCAAGUUUGUUUUGUCACUGGCUACAAAAUUUUAAGGAUCCUUAAGUCCAAGGAACUUGCCCCAGACCUUCCAGAGGGUCUGUACCACUUGAUCAAGAAAGCUGUUGCUGUUCGUAAACUUCGUCUGAUUCUGAUUGAGAGCAGAAUUCACAGGCUGGCUCGUUACUACAAGACCAAGAGAGUACUCCCACCCAACUGGAAGUACGAGUCAUCCACUGCCUCUGCUCUGGUCGCAUAAGAGUUUAUUCUUUCAGUAAAAAGAAGAGUGAAUUCACGUUAAAGACCUGUGUUGUCUUUUAAAAAAAACAAAACAAAACACCAGAUAAGGACUGAAGACUUGUUUGUUCUGUUGUUGUGCAACUGUUGAUAUCCAUCAGUUCCAAAUCAAUUUGAGAGCUUUGAUAACUUCUGUUAGUUCUCAUCUGUGAUAGAAGACAUCUCAUGUGGAUAAUUGCUUUCCUGUGUAUCAUCAGCAUCUCUGCCAUAUCUGUGCUAUAUUAUUAAUACAUUUUAUUAAAAUAUUCUUUUUGGGGGUAACUGAUUUCUGAAGUAUAGCUAUAGACUUCACUUCGGUUGUGAUGUUAGCUUCCAUAGUGUUCUUUCAUGAAAUUGCAGUUGAAGUGGUAGAAAGUACAUGGAUAUUUUGUUAGCUGCAUUUUCUUGUGUCAGAGUUUUCAUAGACUCUCCUAAAUUAAAGAUGGAAAAGGCUUGUUUCUUGAGGGGACCAGAUUUUUGAACAGUGAUCAUCACCUUUAGUUGGGACCAGGUUUUUCAGAAGAACUCAGCUCCCUAUUAAUUGAUGUCUCAUUUUGCUGUCUGUUUGGCAUUGUUCUCAGUGGAAGCUCUUGAGUACUUCUGGAAAAACUGGCCACUUAAUUUAGAUGCCCAAUACAGAGCGGAGAUCUUCUGAAAGUGCAACUGUUUUAUUAUAGGUGGGGCUGGUGGUAGAGUGGCACAGAUUGUCAUGUACACUGGAAGAAGAAAACUGCUUCAUGUUUCACAGAAUUAUAGAGUUAGUGAUUGGAAAAAGCCAUCUAGCCCACUUUCUUUGUCAGAACAGGCUUCUUCCUGGCAGUUUUAAUUUUCUUCCUUAGUGUUAUGUCUAGAUGUUUAAAUGUCUAUCAGGAGCAGGCUUCCACUAUUUCCUUUGGUAGACUUUCUUUAGUAUAGAUUUGAAUGGCAUGUGUAUGUGUUACUUGAAAUUGGAACACAGUUCUGUUGUCACUUUAGAAAAUGUUUAAAAACAAAUUGCCCAAACUCCCUAAAUUAAUCCUUUUCCUGCCACCUCCAUCAUCCAAAAUACAUUAAAGGGACACUAUUAAUUAGAAAUCUAGUUAAUUUUUUAAAAAUGAGUUAAAGGUAGUUUCAAAUACUAUGCAUGUCCCUGAGAUUCCUUGCCAAUUUUAGUGAUUUUUUUUGUUACAUUUUCCUAUUUUUAAAAUAUUUUUCUCUCCUCUGUAACUUUGCAUGAGACUCGUACAGAGGAAACUGACUCUACAGGGAAAACUAUGAAAUUGACUAUAUACAGUGUUAUCAAUUGCCUAAAGUAAACAAACUGAAAAUAUGGUCUCUUUUCUAUUUCAAUUACUGUGAUCUUAGGUGGUGGUGUUAACAAUAGUAGCCAUAUAUUUACAUUGUGGUAGCACCUCUCAGGAUCAGUGCUUCAUUUUGCUAGGCAUUAUACACACACCCUGAAAAGACAGUACCUGCCCUAAAGAACAACAUUCUCACAAUGUAAUUUUUAAGCUGGCAUUAUUUCUUGAAAGAAUGUCUCUCCAUGUGUGCUGCUUUUUGGGGGUUUUUUUAAAUUCCCAUUUGCAAUUACAUGGUACUGUUGAAAGAGACAGAUGUCUUAUUUGCCCCAAUAAUGAGCAGGAAUUUACCUUGUAAACUUUCGUUGAUGUUAUUGGCAACUGCAUGCAUAUAUCUUUAGAGAGUGAGAAAUGUUUCUUAUGUUAACGCCUCCCUUAAAAUAUUGUGUGUUAAAAUAUAUUUUGUGUGAAAUAAGUGGAAAAUAACCGAAUACAAUAAAAAUAAUCUUUAAUCUCUCUUUUUCAAGGAAAUAGUUCAACAAUUAAUAGAGAACAGUACAACGUUUCGAGGCAAAACAGAAUUUGCCCAAGAUAAGUACAUAAAGAA